GGAGGACCUUUUGCACCUCUGAAAUGGACUGGUGUGAGAUGUAAAGUUUGCAACCAGUCCUGGCACAAAAAGUGUUAUGUUAAACACAAGGUGGACAUCACUGAACUUCUGCAAGUGGUCUGUACAGAACCAAGUUCAAGUGAGGUGGUAUCAUCAGAAGAGGAGUAUGUUCCUGAUUCCAUAGAUGAUUCAAACAGCUCAUGCGAUGACAGAUCAGAGCCUUUAAAAAUCAGUUACAAACAAGUACAGAAUUGUGAGGUCUCCACCAGCAAGUCUUCUUCCAAAAACAAAAGACACCACCAAGAAAGUUUUGUAGAGGAAAACAGAGAGCCCGUUUCUGAAGCUGCAGAAUCAUCAACUGAAGAUAUGAUCAGCACAAGUCAGCUUGAAGUAUCAAGAGUUACUGGCAAUAUAGGAAACGCUGAUGCCGAAGACAUAUUUGUUGAUGAUGGUGCUGAUGCCAUGGCUGAAAAAGUCUCAAACACGUCAUCCUUGCUCAGAAAUAAAACUUACUGCUACAUUUGUGGGAAACUACAGACAAAGUUUACACGUCACUUAAAAACUCACGAGAAAACACAUGCAGAUGUUGCUCAAGUUUUAAGUCUUCCCAAGAGGUCCAAACAACGUAUGAAAAUGCUUAUAAAGCUUCGCAACAAGGGAAACCACAAGCAUAACUCAGAGGUCUUGGCGAGUGGAGUUGGAUCACUAAAACUAAGACGCACAUCAAAGAAAAAGUACAAUGCAAAAGAUUACAUUCACUGCAUGUACUGCCAGGCAUUAUAUCUGCGACGAGAUCUUUGGCGACAUGUUCGAAAAUGUUCUUCAAAAGCAGUAGAAGCCACUUCAGAGAUUGGAAGAAAAAAAGUUUUGUCUUUGGCCUCUAUGAAUGAGUCAGCUUUGUGUCAGCAGAUAUCACCAGGUGUUUGGAGCGUGUUAGCUGUUAUGAAAGAUGAUGAAAUAACUUCUACUGUGCGAAGUGACUUCUCUAUUCUUCAGCUGGCCCAAUCAUUCUUUAACAAAUAUGGACAGGAUCCCACCAAAUAUGACUACAUUCGCCAGAGACUCAGAGAAUCUGGAAGACUCCUGCUCACGCUUCGCAAGGAAUUCUCAAUACAUAGUCUUGAGGAUGCUGUGAGACCUGAAAAUUUUGAUGUGGUUAUCAAAGCGGUCAAGAAAGUAUCCGGGUAUGAUGAAGAAAAGCACUGCUACCGUACUCCAAGCCUUGCUCUAAAGUUAGGUCACUCACUACAGAAAGUCAGUGAUAUUUUACAUUGCAGAGCACUCAUGGCACAAGACAGUACGCUGAUAAAGUCAACCCAGAGUUUCAAAACUCUCUAUGCUACAAAGUGGUCUGAACUCAUCUCUCACACCGCUUUAACUACGUUGAAUGAGCGGCAGUUUAACAAGCCCUCCACUCUUCCUUUCACCGAAGAUGUUCAGCGUCUUCACAGACAUCUGGAGAAGACUACAGAACAAGCAUUGAAGGACUUGGAAGACAAUAGUUCACCAAAAUCAUAUAGUGAACUGUGUAAAGCCACCAUGGCAAAUAUAAUACUUUUUAACAGAAGAAGAGGGGGAGAAAUUUCAAAGAUGACAAUGAAUGGCUUUCUGGAAAGAGACACAAGUCCCCUGCAUAAGGACGUCGCAUUUGGACUGACAGAAUUUGAACUUCGCCUUUGUCAACACUUCAGUCGUGUUGAAUUAAGGGGUAAAAGAGGCCGGAAGGUUGCAGUGUUACUCUCGCCAGACAUGGUGAAUGCCAUAACACGCCUAAUAGAAAAAAGAAAAGACUGUGGUGUUCUGGCAGAAAACCUGUUCCUGUUUGCCAGACCUCAUUGUCUGACUCCCUACAGAGGACAGGACUGUUUGAGGUUUUAUGCCAGUGAAUGUGGGGCUGAAAACCCUGAGCUCCUCAGGUCAACGCAAUUACGCAAACAUGUUGCAACUUUGUCUCAGAUCUUGAACCUCAAGAAUCACGAGUUGGACCAAGUUGCUAACUUCCUUGGCCACGAUAUUCGCGUUCAUCGUGAAUAUUACAGACUUCCUGAGGCUACUACCCAGCUGGCCAAGAUAUCCAAACUGCUGCUUGCCAUGGAGAAAGGAUCUCUCAGAAGCCUUCAAGGCAAAACACUUGACGAGAUUGAAAUCGAAGACAACCUACAGUUGACCGAUUCAGAUGCUGAGAGUGAGGUCGAUGCUGAGAGUGAGGUAGAUGAAGCAAAUCUCACACAUCCACAGACCGGUUCUGCAGGACCAUUGAUGGCUAGGCAACCUGUCGAGGAACCUCCAGGCAUGUCUGCGCCAUUAUCACAAGUAUCUCUGGAAAGUGCUAGGAGAGCAAAAAAGAAUCCAUGGUCUCCCAUGGAGGUUGUCGCAGUCAUGAGACAUUUUGGCGAACACAUCAAAAAAGGAAAACUGGCCACUAUGAUUGAAUGCCAGCAAUGCAAGAAGGCUGAAGAUCCUGCUCUGGCUGCCCGCUCUAUCCAAAACAUAAGAGAUUUUGUAAGGAAUCGGGGCAUAACUGUGAAAAGAAAAGAAAAUCCUGGAUAGAAUAUGGGAAUGUGAUGAAUUGUCCUUUAGUGAUAUCAUCAGGACACAUGGGAUAUUAAGGGUUAGACCAGAAGCAAUCUCUGUGUCCUGAUGAUAUCACUGGUGGACAAUUUAAAUAUUUCAUCUUGUGGAGGCAGGAGAAGGGCUGACAGUAUUCCAGUUAUAUUGGCAAACUGGCUGUUGAACAGAAUAUGUAAACAUACUGAUAUUUUACAGUAUAUAUUGUUUGGUGUGGAUUGGUUACUGUAUGUUUCAGUUUUAUUUCUACUGUGAGACGAUGGGUAAGUUCAUCUUGUUCACUCAAUUUUUGUUUAAUCUGUUUGAUGAUUUAACAGACUUGCAUAAUUUCAUUUUGCCAUUCAUAAUUUUUCCUUUCUGUUCACAAAUAGGAUUCUGUUGCUUAGUGAAAGUUACUGCUACUGCCG